AUAUCGAAAUACCUCAAACAUGGGGGGACCCUUUCUGUCAUUUUCUCCAUAAACUUACAGGGGAAGGGGAAUAUCAUUUGCACAGAAACCUCACGCCAUCACUGUAAUCUCGCCACCGAUGCCGCCGUGAACCACUAGUUCUUCGCCGGUAAAUCACUUCCUCUCUCGCUUCUGUCUUAACGCACUCAUCACCACUGUUUUUGCCACCUGAAACCACCCUUUCCUUACCGCUGAAACACCCAAAACAGCUGCUAAACCCACCUGAUUCCACCCCGUCACCCAUCCGAAAACUACCGUCCCUUCCCCUCUCUGCUGUGGAAGCUUCAUUGAGAUCAUCGGAAAAGAAUCCUAACGACCCGCACGCUCUUCCCAUUUCUGCAAUUCUGGUGUUUGGGUUCGAGGUCGCGGUACGAUUCUGCCAACGAGGCUUUCCGGUUUGUUUUCAGUUGUUCCAGGCUUGUUGUUUAAUUUCGCCCCGAGAUUUUGGGUUCGUAGUCGUUAUCGGAUUGAAGGAUUGUUCUAACUUGAGAGUUGUGAGUGGAAGGAAUGAUAUCUUGAGUUUUCUGCUAGGAUACACCAUACUGCUAUAUACCAUUGAAACUGCAUCAUUUGAUUGGGAGAAGUCUUCUUAUUUUUCUCCUGGAAUUUGAAGGAAUGCCAAAAGUUAGAGACAGAACGGAAGAUUUUAAAGAUGUUGCACGUCGAUCAGCAUUGUCUUUGGGAUAUGAUGAGUCUAAGACUGCUGCCUUAUUGGCAUCUUUUAUCAUGCAUAAACCUCGGCAAAGGUCAGGAUUCACCAGAGCUGCGCUUAAAACGCUGGAGAGCAUUGGGACUCUGGAGCAAUUUUUGAUGAAAAACAAGAAGGAUUAUGUUGAUCUGCACCGUACAACUGAACAAGAGAGGGAUAGCAUUGAGCAUGAAGUUACUAUUUUUGUAAAAUCAUGCAAAGAGCAGAUAGACGUUCUCAGAAAUAGUAUAAACGAGGAAGAUGCAAAUUCAAAGGGAUGGCUUGGUUUGAAGGGUGACAAUCUAAAUGCUGAUACUAUAGCACACAAGCAUGGAGUGGUUUUAAUUUUAAGUGAAAAGCUUCACUCUGUCACAUCACAGUUUGACCAGUUGCGGGCAGUGCGCUUUCAAGAUGCUAUUAACCGAGUGACACCAAGAAGGAAACGUAAUAACACUACCAAAUCAAAUGCUACAGAGACCUCUGCUUCUAGUAGUUUGGACCCCGACAUGAAAAGGGACUCUGAGGGUCUCAGGGACCCUGAUACACAAGCAGCACCUAUAAGAGUCCAAGAACAACUUUUGGACGAUGAAACACGUGCCCUCCAGGUAGAGCUGAACAGUCUCCUGGAUUCUGUUCAAGAAACAGAAACAAAGAUGGUGGAAAUGUCUGCGUUAAACCAUCUUCUGUCUACUCAUGUUUUGCAACAGGCCCAACAGAUGGAGCUUUUAUAUGAGCAGGCAGUUGAAGCUACCCAAAAUGUGGAACUUGGUAACAAAGAACUGUCACAAGCCAUUCAACGGAACAGCAGCAGCAGAACUUUUCUUUUGCUCUUUCUAUUUGUACUUACAUUUUCAAUCCUCUUCCUUGAUUGGUACAGUUAAUUAUAGGAUUUCUCACGCUAUUUUUUUUUGUCUUGCAAAGUAACGGAGUAUAGAGCGUAAAUUGUCCAACUAAAGUUGCGUAACUUUACUAGAAAUUUGGGGGCAGUUAUCUGUUGUAUUUGCUGCUUUAUUAUUUGUACUGCUAUUAUUAUUACUUGCUCA